AUGUGCACAAGGAGUGACUUGCUGUGGCAGCAGCCAAGGCGAUUUCGCAGCCGGAACGAAAUCUGGGCAGCACGUGCAGAAGCUGCACAUCAGUGGCGACAGUUCCAAGCUCAGCGGAAGUUCGACAAGUGUGCCAGCGCGGUUGCACUCUACGAGCAGAAGAUGUCAGAUUACGACGCCUGGCGUGAUCGGGUGAUGGAGGCGCCACGCACGGAGAUUGCGAGGCGGCGCGACUGGCUGACGUCUCAACAAGGAUAUUCGCUGGCUGAAGUCGACAAGUACCACAAAAGUCGUCUUGGAUAG